AUGGCUGGGAAGCAGAGGUGCCAGGGAGAACAGCUGCUGUACUCGGGUUGCCUCCUUACUUGUUACAUCCUGUAUUUUAUGAAGUAUAUUGGUUCACAGGAAGCACAAAGAAGAUCCUUCCCUCUCUCCACAGUAAGCGACAUAUUGCCUAAAUAUCACUGUCAUCAGCCUAUCAUUGAUCUGAGGCUGGCUAUUCUUACUUGGACCUUCUACAAACAAUCUUUUCUGAAGCAGGUCCUGACAGAAGGUGAACGAUAUGUCAUGACCUUUCUAAAUGUGUUAAAUUUUGGAGAUCAAGGUGUGUAUGAUAUUGUCAAUAAUCUGGGAUCGCUGGUGGCCAGAUUCCUCUUCCUUCCCAUUGAGGAAAGCUUCUAUGUUUUCUUUGUCAAAGUACUUGAACGAGGAAAGGACAUUGGACACCAGAAACAGGAGGAUGUUUCUAUGGCAGCCACUGUUCUGGAGAUGCUUAUGAAGCUGGUGAUGUUGAUUGGACUGACCAUCACAGUGUUUGGAUACUCAUACUCUCAUCUGGCCCUGAAUAUCUAUGGUGGAUCGAUGCUGAGCUCGGGCCCAGGUCCAACUCUUUUGCGUUGUUACUGUGUCUACGUACUGCUGCUGGCUAUAAAUGGAGUGACCGAAUGUUUCACGUUCGCUGCAAUGAGUAAGGAAGAAGUUGACAGGUAUAACAUUAUGAUGCUGGCUCUGUCGCUUACCUUUCUUGGCCUUUCCUAUUGUUUGACAUGGUGGCAAGGAGGUGUUGGAUUUAUUUUAGCAAACUGCCUGAACAUGGGACUCCGAAUUGCCCACAGCCUUCAAUAUAUCAGCCAUUACUUCAAGCAUAGCAAGAAUCAGCCCCUCAAGGGCCUCCUGCUCCCUGUGCCUUUACUGCUAGUCUAUCUUCUCAGUGGCACAGUGACGGCACUUUCGCAGGAUGCAGAGAGUGCUGAGCAGCUUCUAGCAGCCAUGCGAUGGGGUCUUAUCCCCUCCUGGUUCCGGGAGAGCGAUCCCUCCAAAAUGUUAUACAACACCAGUAACUGCUGUAGUGACGGGAUGCUGCACAAGAAUUCACACAAGCAUAUACCUGGCAGAUGAAUUUCAAUGCAGAAAAUGUGAGGUAAUGCAUUUUGAUAGAAGAAACAAGGAGACAACUUUGAGGAGAGCAGAGCAACAUUGGAGCUCAUGUGCAUAAAUCUCUGACGGUGGCUAAGCAAGUUGAGACAGCUAUUGACAAGUUUAAAGGAUCCUCGUGUAUGUGUCAAAGACCAGAGGGCAUAAUCUUAAGAUCUUUGUGCCACUCCAACAUUUUAUGCAGCCCAUUUUCAUACUGAAGUUUGGAGCAGGAAAAGAUUCCACAUGGUCCACUAACUCUGAAAGACAGAGCACUACCC